GGAGCGCGGAGGGAGGAGCGAGGGGAGCGCGGGCCGCCGCCGCCCCCGCUCCGCGCCGCCCGCGCGCAACAGUUCCCCCAAAGUUGCAGCCCGGCAGACGGGCUGCCGGCCGAGAACGCAGCAUCGUGGCGGCAUGGGCACCCGGCAGACCAAGGGCAGCCUGGCGGAGAGAGCCAGCCCCGGCGCGGCGCCCGGUCCCCGCCGCGAACGGCCCGACUUCUGGGCGUCGCUGCUGCUACGCGCCGGGGACAAGGCGGGGCGCGCGGGUGCCGGCGCGGGGCUGCCCCCCUACCACCGGCGCGUCGGCAUGGUCCAGGAGCUGCUGCGGAUGGUGCGCCAGGGCCGGCGGGAGGAGGCGGGGACGCUGCUGCAGCACCUGCGCCAGGACCUAGGCAUGGAAUCGACCUCGCUGGACGAUGUUCUGUACCGCUACGCCAGCUUCCGGAACCUGGUGGACCCCAUCACACACGAUCUCAUCAUCAGCCUGGCCCGCUACAUCCACUGCCCUAAGCCGGAAGGCGAUGCCCUGGGCGCCAUGGAGAAGCUGUGCCGGCAGCUGACAUACCAUCUGAGCCCCCAUUCCCAAUGGAGGCGGCACCGCGGGCUGGUGAAGAGGAAGCCACAGGCCUGCCUCAAGGCUGUCCUGGCUGGGAGCCCUCUGGACAACACAGUGGAUCUGUCGGGCAUCCCGCUGACCUCCCGUGACCUGGAGCGGGUGAGCAGCUACCUGCAGCGAUGUGGGGAGCAGGUGGACAGCGUGGAGCUGGGCUUCACAGGCCUCACAGAUGACAUGGUCCUACAGCUGCUGCCGGCACUCAGCACACUGCCCCACCUCACCACACUGGCCCUCAAUGGCAACCGGCUGACACGAGCCCUGCUGCGUGACCUCACCGACACUCUUAAGGACCCCAGCAAGUUUCCCAAUGUCACGUGGAUUGACCUGGGCAAUAACGUGGACAUCUUCUCAUUGCCCCAGCCUUUCUUGCUCAGCCUGCGCAAGCGCUCCCCGAAGCAGGGCCACCUACCCACCAUCCUGGAGCUGGGUGAAGGCCCAGGCAGUGGGGAGGAGGUCCAGGAUGGGACAGUGGGUCAGGAGGACCCUACAUGGAACCUUCUGGCUCCUGCCCAAGACCAGGAAGGCAGGGAGACUGCAGGUGCAGCUCAGACGUGACACGAAAGUGGGGGCCCUCACCAGGGAGUCUGGGGUAGGAUGGCUCGAGGCAGACUAAGGGUAUGGGACGGGGCAGGGCUCAGGCUGUAACCCAGUACUGCACUGGGCAGCCCCACCCAUGGGAAGCCCAGAUUGUAGUACCUGAAAGAGGGGCUGUGUAACACUUCUCUCCAUCUCCCCCCUUGUCAAUCCCAUUAUCUGCCUUCUGGCUCCAGAUAUCAGCCCCCAGCCUCCCGAUUUAAUGGAUGCUGCAAGUUUUGAGCUGUGAGUGUUAUGUUUGAGCUAUCUACUCCAGCAAAGGUGUAGUUGGGGCCCUACAUCCAACCCAGGACUUUGAUCUGUGCCCUUGCACAAGUCAGGUUGGAAUCUUCCUACCCUAACUCCUGACUGAAGGAGGCUGGGGGAGGGGACAGGCUGCCAGACUCCAGAAGCCUUGUCCCCAUGUGGACUGACGGCUGUCUACCUCCUGUGUGUGGAACCCUGGGCUGUUACCUGACUUCCCUCAAACCCACGUUUCCAGGGGCCUGUCCUUGGGACCAACACCCCCAUCAAUACACAGCAUCCUAGGGGGUCUGGGGCAGAUGGUGCCCACACAGGCAUGCACAGAAAGGCCUACUCAAACCCCACUAUUCCCCUGCCCUAGACUAUCAGACUUUCACAUGGAUUCCACUGUCGCUAGUGUGGAGGCUUUUAAAAAGGAUUAAGGACCCCUUUACCAUAAAAUUCCUUCUAAGCCCCUGGAGUAAUAAUCCCUGACACUUUGAACACAUUCCCAAAACCUACUGGGAGGACCAGGAUGAGGUUGAGUACUUUCUAUAAAUUCUUGCAGAUUUAGUGCCUCAGGAAAGGUGGAAAAACUGAAAGUUCUCAAGAGGUAGCCAAGGCUUUAACCCUCCCUAUCCAAGGCCUACCAGUUUAAAAAAAACAUCCCUUCUAGGUACAAUAAGCAAGACCUAGACCCAAGUAUAGACAGCAAGUCCAGAGAGAUUGGGAAGGCAGCAAGACGGGUCUGCCUGCCACUGUUUAAGGAUUUGGCAAGGCAAGCAGGCCAAAGGGAACAUACUCAAGUGUAUGGAUGCCUUAACUGCUAUGGAAUUUUUGCCCUCAAAA